AUGGCAACAACCUCGUUAGUACGUCGAGAAUACGUCAACUCCGUCAGUGCGUCAAGAAUACGUCAACUCCGUCAGUGCGUCAAGAAUACGUCAACUCCGUCAGUGCGUCAAGAAUACGUCAACUCCGUCAGUGCGUCAAGAAUACGUCAACUCCGUCAGUGCGUCAAGAAUACGUUAACUCCGUCAGUGCGUCAAGAAUACGUCAACUCCGGUUCCACCUCGGCUGCCAACGGUUCCACCUCGGCUGCCAACGGUUCCACCUCGGCUGCCAACGGUUCCACCUCGGCUGCCAACGGUUCCACCUCGGCUGCCAACGGUUCCACCUCGGCUGCCAACGGUUCCACCUCGGCUGCCAACGGUUCCACCUCGGCUGCCAACGGUUCCACCUCGGCUGCCAACGGUUCCACCUCGGCUGCCAACGGUUCCACCUCGGCUGCCAACGGUUCCACCUCGGCUGCCAACGGUUCCACCUCGGCUGCCAACGGUUCCACCUCGGCUGCCAACGGUUCCACCUCGGCUGCCAACGGUUCCACCUCGGCUGCCAACGGUUCCACCUCGGCUGCCAACGGUUCCACCUCGGCUGCCAACGGUUCCACCUCGGCUGCCAACGGUUCCACCUCGGCUGGCACGGUUCCACCUCGGCUGCCAACGGUUCCACCUCGGCUGCCAACGGUUCCACCUCGGCUGCCAACGGUUCCACCUCGGCUGCCAACGGUUCCACCUCGGCUGCCAACGGUUCAAGCCCUUGAGGGCUCGACGUGGAAACAGCCAGGAAAUGGAGCUUGGAGAUCCUUUAACCUUGUACACGCAUUGUGA